CAUUGUAGUCAAACGCUUGAAAUACACACACGGAGUUGGUUGUACUGGUGGGACGGUAGUUUUAUUAUAUUAAAAAAAUAAUAAUAAUGACCUAAAAUAAAAGGUUUUAUUUGAAGCAAUACAUUAUUUGAUUUACAUUUCGAUAAUUUGUGUAGAGGAUUUUAUUGAUUUGUGGUGACAUUCCCUAACUUUGACGUAGUUUCACUUUCUUUCAUUUCAUUUUCGUCGUGUGUUCAUUUCAUACAAAUCGUGAUAAAAAUGUGUCGUGCACUUUUGUUCGUUUGUGUUUUUUCCACAAUAUUUGGAGUUUUGAAUUCGCACAGUUCUGGAAAUACGUGUCAUAAAGUAAAAGAAGAAUUUAGGAAAAUUAGUGCGGACGACUUAGUGCCAGAUUUACCAGUUAUAGACGAAGGUUUGAGAAUAUGUUCCCGAUCACUUACAGCCAAACAAGCGUCCUGCUGCUCGCAGGACUCGGAAAUGAAGUACCUGUUGGCAGCGGAGAAAUAUAUCGUAGACAGCAUAAGAUACAGGAAUUCUAAUUUAAAAAGACGUAUAACAGAACACAUGGGUGAUUAUCAAGGCAAGUUGCUGGCACUUGCAAGACACAGAUUAAACAGCACAACCUCUAAACUUACUGACUGGUAUUCGAUGCCCGUCACAGACCAUAGCCCAGUUGUGACAAAUUUAUUUAACAACAUUGAAGAGUUUGUAAAACUUAAACAUGUGAUAUUGAAAAACAGCAUUUCAACAUUUUUCGAUAUGCUGUUCCCUGUGAUCUUUAAAAAUAUGAUUAAACAAAGUCUGCCCGAAGCCUGGACACAUCAUUUCGAUCAUUGCUUAGCGAAACAUAGGCAAGAGUUGCGACCCUUUGGAAAAUACCCAGACGAUAUUGCAAAGAAAUUGAAUCAUGGGCUGUCGUUAGCGAGAGCGUACCUUGAAGCAUUAAACAUUGUAAUGGAAACAAUUAACACCACAGACAAUGUUUUGAUUGAGGACGAAUGUAAGCAUGCCGUAACUCGGUUACAAUACUGUAAGCACUGUCAUGGAUUCGUGGAUGUUAAACCAUGUAAAGGAUUCUGUUUAGACGUUAUGCGUGGAUGUUUGUCUAAACUAAGUGAGAUUGGACCCGAGUGGAGUUUUAUUAUUUCAUCAGUGGAGGAUUUAGUUCGUGAAAUGAGCGGGAAGAGUAUCGAUGAGGUAUUUAAAGAGUUUGAAUCUGGGAUAAACGACGCUAUAUUACAUUCAACGUUAUUGGCUCCUAAUUAUUACAAACGUGCACAUGAAUUGUGUAGUAUACCAUUGGACACAACACCUUCAACAGUUGAAGCCAAGACACCAGAUUUUUCAAAGUUACAGGCAUUGGAAGAGGUGACUGGACCUCUAUCAAUUGAUGUAAUGCAAGUUACGCUAGAACUUGUCGACUCCAAAGGUCUGUACAGCCAUUUAGCCGAUGAAAUUUGUGCCGAACAGGCAAAGUUUGAGCAGGAUCCACUGAGUGGCACAUGCUGGAACGGAUCUGACAUAUCUGUUUACCUUAGAGAUGCUGUUGACAGGGACAUUCUUAGUCAGGCCCGUAGCAACCCAGAGGUUAAAGUGUCCUUGGUUCUUGACCCAAGCCUUAGAAACUUGAAGGAGAAAAUGGCAGACGUCAAUGUGGUGUUAAAAUCUCACAUGAGGAAGAACGACAGACUCCGACCAAAGAAUUACAUGAUCUCUGAUGACCCGAAACUAACUAUAUACGGAGCAAGCGGAGACGGGAACCAGAUGGGAAGUAUCAACCUUGCAGGGGGAACAACUCUUGGUGAUGACGAAGAUUACAAUUUACUGUCAGGUAGCGGCAGCGGUCUUGAUGACGGUGUAGACACAGCAAUUGAUACAGGGGAUAUUGGAAAUGUUGACGUUUUAGAAAUACCGAAUAACUCUGAUAGAGAACAAUAUGAGGUCGAGCAAGGUGGCAGACUUGGUAAUGAUCCACCAAACACACGCGCUCCUCCAAAUAAAAAACCGAAAAACACAGGGGAUGGAAACGGAGCAUCAGGGGCUCAGUUCUCAGUCACUUGGAUCUUUACAGCUUUAUUCUUCUGUUUACUUCAGCAUUGGAGAUAGUUCACUUAAUAUAUAAUAACAUGUGAUGAAUGCCAUAUAUUAUUACAGUGACUUUAACAUUUCUUUAAACACUUUUGUGAAGAUUUUUUUAUUUGGUUUGUUUAAAUCCAUUUUCUUCAGUAAAACUCAAUAAUAUUAAAACAGAAUGAAUGCCAUAAUUAUUAUAUAUAUUUUUACUGUUGACAAUAACACUUUUUAUUUCGUUUUUUGAAGAAAAAUUAUUUUUUUUCAAUCCUUAUCACUUUUGCUGAAGAAUAUUGAGUGUUGAUAAAGGUGAGGGUCAUUUGAAGGUCAUUUGGUGACCUUGUAUGUUAAUUGUAAGGUCAUGGAUGGUGGGAUCAUUACAGCAACAUAAAAUGUAUGCUAAAAUGUUCAUGCUAAGAUAAGUAAGUCUUUAGUAGAUAUGGGUUUGCAAUAAAGUUUUAAAUGCAUUUGAGAAGGGGGCCUUUACUUAACACAACAUUUUAAUAGUGACAAAUUAUUUGUUUAAAUUCAUGAAUAUUGGCUAAGAAAACAGUUCAGGUCAGACUUAAGUUUCUCUUUUGAAAAAGGGGUAUAGUCUUUUGGAUGGGAAUUAAAUUAUUGUGCUUUUGAUUUUUUAAACGUGACAGAAAUAUACAAUACAUAAAUUGAGGUUUGAAACAAGUGUUGGUUUACUUUAGAAAAGAAACACAUCAGGUUAUCCAGUCACUAAAAUUCGGAUUUCUUGAUAUAACAAACUUGUUUUUAAUGAUGAAAACUUUUGUAUGAUUUUGAUGCUGAUUAGGUUUAUUAGCUCUCCUUUUGUACGAUUUAAGAUGAUUUUAUUUCAUAUAUAGUUUUUAUCACCUACUAUUUAAUUUGGUCUGGUCUAAAUAAUAAGGAUGAGUCUAUUUGGACAAUACAUGUAUACAGAAAAUAGGUCAAGAUAUAAAAGAUUUUAAAAUAUUGUCAGUUUUUAUCAGUCAGUUUUUAUCAGUCUUUUAAACAGUUCAUAAUGAAUAACAAAUUUUAUGUUUAGUUGACAUAUUCGUAAUCAUUCUAUUAAUAGUCUCCUGAUUUAGUUUGUGUUUUAUUUAUUAAUGUUUUUAUUUUGAGUACAGUUUUUAAAGCCUAUUACAUUGGUUAUAUUAUUUGUCAAAUUUUUAUCUGAACUAUGGUAUUUUAAAAAGACACUAUUGUUUUAAAUUCAGUUUACUUUUAUAAGAAGUGCUAUAUAAAUGUUUAUAAGUGUGAUACAAAUUGAGUGUGUACUGUAUAAAAUAAUCAAAAUUUGUUUUUCAAUUUUCAAAGUAUUGGAAAUAUAGUUACCGUUUCCUGUGAUGGGAUUCAAUCAAAACUAUUAGAAGAUGAAUUGUUUUUCAGCACAUGCAUUUUUUAAUAAGUGCAUAAUUAUUUCAAUGGAUAGAAAUGGUAGACUGUUACAAAAUUACAAUUUUGGAAUUCAAACGUUUUGAUUUCAUCAUCUUAUUAUGUCAUACAUUUACACAAUGAUGAUUAUGUCAUACACAAUGAUGAUUAUGUCAUACACAAUGAUGAUUAUGUCAUACACAAUGAUGAUUAUGUCAUACACAAUGAUGAUUAUGUCAUACACAAGGAUGAUUAUGUCAUACACAAUGAUGAUUAUGUCAUACACAAUGAUGGUUAUGUCAUACACAAUGAUGAUUAUAUCAUACACAAUGAUGAUUAUGUCAUACACAAUGAUGGUUAUGUCAUGCACAAUGAUGAUUAUGUCAUACACAAUGAUGAUUAUGUCAUACACAAUGAUAAUGAUUGUCAUACACAAUGAUGGAAAGUUUUUUUGAAAAAAGAAAUUCAUACACUUAUUAACACGUAUGUUAAAACAUGCUUUGGUCCAAUUAUAAGAUAUAGGGCUUUUCACUUCAUGUUUAAGGUAAUGUGUGACUAAUAUUAUUAGCUUUGGAGAAGAAUUAAUUUUUUGGUUUAUCGAAGAAUUUCAAGGUAGAUGUCACAUUAUGUAUUUAUAUAUAAAUGUAUAUUAUUGUUUCACAUGUACUAUAUCCUAACAUUUUUGUUCCCACCUGUACAUAACAGUGUAGUAUUUCAUACAUUAAAAUUAUUAUUUUUUUUUGUUGUUAGAAUUCAAUUUGGAAAUAAAACAUGAACAUACCAAUUUUUCGGAAUAUGAAUGGUGACUAAUUUGUAAUGUUAGUGGUCAGUUAUGCCAACAAAUACAAUUUUAUCAAAAGGUUCGCAGUUGAAUAAUAUAUAUAAAGUAUUGCGUAAUACAGUUUUAUUUGUAUGUAAAUGUUAUAGAUUUGUUUUUCUUUAAUAUUUUUGUAAAUAGAACAGAAUGGAUGUCACCUGGUUAUAUAUUUUAAAGGGAAAUGAAAAAUUUCCAUUUGGUUUAUGUGUUUAACACAUGUACUUUGAAUGACGUAUUGGCCUUAAGUUGUAUUGGGCCUAAAUUUACAUCUACUGACCCAAUAUAUAUAUUAUUGGCCCAUAGAUGUAUUUGACCUGAUCAAUUUAUAGCCAGAUUAGUAUUGUAAACAAACCCUAUACCCAAUAUUCAGUAAAACUGAAUUCUUAACUACUAAUGGACAAUAUGGCCUAGCUAUGAUUUUUUUUCUGAGUAAAGUUUGCCUAAUUGACAAUUUCAUAAUGGAUGUUUAGGUAAAAAUUUUAAAAUUUUUUACCAGCUAAACUUAAAUUGUUGGUAUGUUACAUACUGUACCCCUCUGCAUUUUGAAUUUAGACUGUUCCGAAUUUAAAACAGGAAUCGUCUAUUUAGACAGAAAAGGGGCUAUUUUAUGUAUUUUUAUAUUUAAGUACAAAAAGGUCAGUAUCAAGCAGCUAUAUCAAUGAGUGGCUGGUUGAAAAUUAUACAGGAAAUAUGACCAGAAUAUCUUUAGAGAUGAAAAUGUUUUGUCCGAAAAUUGAGAUACUUUCAGUUCAUUUUUUAUUGGUAUUUUUGUGGAACUCAAAACAUUUUGCAAAAUAAAAAGAAUAAUUAAAGAUAAGUGUCUUACUGUUUGUUUUAAACAAUUUAUGCAAUGUUAUUAAAUUCAGAACUGGAGUAAGUUUGGUAGAAACAACUUUUAGUGCCUUAUUUUAUUGCACAAACUAACUUUUCACUUGUUUCUGCCCAUCUUUAAUGUGGACAAGACCGUUGAUUAUAUUUGGGGAAAUUUUUCAAAAUAUGUACUGACUGAAUAACGAACAGUGCAGACCAUCAUCGGAUGGCACUAAGAAGUGCGGGCUGAUCUUGGUCUGCACUGAUUGCAUUGGUAGAUUCUGUAACCGCAGGCAAGCUCGAAGAUUUAAACUUCUCCCAUGGCUUCACAGCAAGACUUUUACAACUUAUCUCUGACAAUCAACUCCUAGUAGUAAUUUAGUUUCUGUUUUUUUCUACGGACAUAUUCAGUAAUCAAAAGUUUUUCAAAUGUUUUAUAUUGUUUGCUUGACAUUCCUAGAAAUUCAAAUGAAUGUUGUUGUUUUUUUUCAUGAUAAUCAGAAUCAAGUUAUUUUAACCAUGCAUGUUUUGGUCUCAAUAAUACCAAAGCUUACAGCAAAAACAUGGUUAUUCUUGUUUUUCUGGUUCCCAGUUUGAUGUAAAAUAUAACAAAGACAACCACCACUCCCCCACCCCCAUAUCAAGGCAGCCGCAGCCACUCAUUGGUAAAGCUACUUUCUAUAAACAAAACAAAAACCUCAGGUUUGCUUCAGUGAGUGUUUUCUCUGUUGAAAGUGAUAGUAUUAAAACUUUAGAAAGGUUGAUGUAUUUGAAAUCAAAUUUCAAUGUAAAUACAUAUACAUAUUAUAUAUAUAUAAUUUUCUAAUUAUUGAGACUUUGUCAUUUAUCUGUUGAUGUACUAUAAUUUCUCAUAAUUUGUUACAAAAUCUGUGAUUGCUUCAAUGGUUUUACAUUUCAUACUUUUUAUGUCAUGGUUAUAAAUUCUAAUGAUUUUUUUAAAGGGGCAAGGGGAGAACAACAAGAAACUAGGAGCCUUAAGGGUAGACUUGGUUUCAUUAAUAAAUUGAUGUUGAUAUUUUGAUUUUCUGAAUCUCUUGGCUCCCCAUGUCAUAGUCCUCUCUGAGUUACUGUGAAAGACUUCCAAAAAUGUACCUUAGUUAUAAUUUAAGUGUUGUUUAAUUAGGUGCCUGAAGUGAUGCUAUUCCAGCAAACACAAGAGCAACACAAAGUUGAGCCGCAAGGUAGUUAAAAAACAUCUCCUUUGUAAGAAUUAACAUAAACAACAUAAAUACUUUUAUUAUUGUUACAAAAAACUCGCUUGAGCCAAGUAUACUGUGAGUUUAAGGGUUGAUAAGACAUUAUAUAUAUAUUUAUAAUCAAUUUGGGGGGGGGGGGGGGAAUGUAUCUGUCUAUUUUAGUUUUUAAAAAUAAAUGUAUGUGUUCAUCUAAAAGACUGAUCACUUAUAAGUCGGGGUCCAAAUUUUGCAUUCAAGUCUGUAAUAUUAAGUCUGACUUAGAUAUAAGACUUGUAAAUUUUUCACACAAAAUAAACAUGUCCCCAUAUAUGGGAAGAAAUUUUUUUAUCAA